ACAUUUUUGAGCUGCGCAAAAUGUGACUCGCAGGGGGGAAAGAACCAUUCAGCUUCUAAAGAAAGGAAGUACAGCUAGAGAGAGGAACUGAAAAAGUCUGCACGAAUUACGGCCCCGCUCACUCACCAUCUUGUUCAUUUCCCCUUCAGUUCCAAGACCCAACAAACCUGUCUCUCUGUGUUGGGGAUCCUUUCAGCCGUCUUGCAGAGAGAAGACCCUGUAUGCAAAUAUAGGCAAUGGAUGAUUUAGAUGCUUUGUUGGCAGAACUGGAACAAACCUCAGCAAGUUUAACUGUGAGUGAUCCAGUAACCCCAAAGGGCUACUUCCUUCUGGAACGUGACAACAAGGAGAAACCAGCGGCAACAGCAGCAGAGACCAGUGUCAUCCAGAAGAAGAAUCCAGUUGCCCCAGAAGCCAAGAAGGUGCUACCAGCACACGAUGUUCAACGCUGUGAAGAAGAUGCAGACCAUAUUUACAGCAAAGUGCAAACUCCACAGCCAGUGCUCUAUUCGUCUUCAUUCACCACACCUGCUCAACAGUUGGAUGAACUUUUGGCUUGCUUGGGAACAAUCCAGGACAAGAUCUCAGAUGGGAAGGAAGGUUCUGAGAAGUCAUCACCAGCCAAACCGAAUACCAUUGACAACCUAGACAGCAUGUUGCAGGGCCUGACACAUGAUAUGCAGGACCUUGGUGUUGCCACUGUGGCCAAGGGCAACUGUGCUUCCUGCCACAAACUCAUCGUUGGAAAGGUUAUUACAGCGCUGGGAAAGACGUGGCACCCUGAACACUUCACCUGUGCCCAUUGUGGAAAGGAAGUGAGCUCUAUCCCCUUCUAUGAGCGGGACGGCAAGGCCUACUGCCCCGAAGACUACCACGACCUCUUCUCUCCUCACUGCGCUUACUGUGCUGCACCAAUCAAGGAGAAAAUCCUCACAGCCAUGGAUCGCACCUGGCACCCAGAGCAUUUCUUCUGCGCUCACUGUGGGAAAGUGUUUGGCAAUGAUGGUUUCCAAGAGAAGGAUGGGAAGCCAUAUUGCCAAAAGGAUUUCAUGGCCCUUUUUUCUUCCAAGUGCAAAGGCUGUGACAAGCCUGUGAUGAAUCAGUAUCUGUCAGCACUGAAUGCUGUCUGGCACUCUGAGUGCUUUGUGUGUGGGGACUGUUUUUGCAGCUUUCAAGAUGGUUCCUUCUUUGAAUUAAAUGGACGUCCCUAUUGUGAGCUUCACUACCACCAUCACCAGGGAACAGUGUGUUUUGGUUGUGGGAAGCCCAUUGUUGGGCGCUGUGUCAGUGCCAUGGGGCACAAGUUCCACCCGGAGCACUUUGUCUGUGCCUUUUGCCUCACCCAGUUGCACAAUGGCAUCUUCCAGGAGCAGAAUGGCAAGACCUACUGCCACGCCUGCUUUAACAAACUCUUUGUCUGACAGGGAGCAUAUUUCUUCUCUCAGGUCUUUGCAUGAGAAACGGGCAAGGGGGAAAACGAUUUUGAAGGGACAAAGGCUGCAAUCCUGUGCCCACUUACUUGAGAGGGAGUUCCACUGAACAUAAUAGGACUUACUUCUGGGUAAAGAAGCAUAGGAUUAAGCUGUAAGAUAUGCAGUGAUGGAAAUAUACCGUACUUCUGCAGCAAUAUCCAUCAAGUCACCUAACAGCUUCAACACACCCAGAUCCUCAACUGCGAGGCAAUCACUCUACUCCAUUGCGUUUAAAACAACUUUGGCCAGCUUACAGUAGUUUACCAGAAACAGUAGCCUCUAAGUAAUAUUGGCUCUUCAUCCCAUAUCCUUUCCUGCUGGCAAUAGCAAGUAUUUUAUUUACUCAUUGAAAUAAAUAUCCAUCUACACAAAACAUAUUCUACUGAAAUGUGUUAUUUACAGUCCAAUCCUAUGCUUGCCUAUUCAGAAGUAAGUUCCACUUGGAUUUACUCCAAGGUAAAUAUGUAUAUGUUUGUACCCAGGCAAACCAAUCCUAUUCACUAAUUGUGUCAGAUAAGGGAGAUACACACUAGAGGGGAGCAACAACCAUACCCUCCUUCCAAAGCCCACGGAUCAGGGACUAUGCCAGCAACAAUGCCCACAUGCCACCCAAAGAGGUGUGAUGCUGGUGAAUAUCAUAUAUUUGUGCAUUACACAUUUGCACUUUUGAUUGGCAGGAGUAACAUGUACAGGCAAACUUGGUUGCCCCCAUUUUGCUAACCUGCUGAAUCUCACACAUGUGUACAAGCUCUCUUUUGCCAAUUCAUUAGAGUAGCUUUCUAUCCUAGAAUACUCCCCCUGUUUUUCAAGGACACUGUGCUGGAUGCCUAGAUAUUUUCAACAUGUUGUUUGUAACUGAAUAGGUAGCAUGCGCUCUAAAAUAAACAUCACUUUUCUAUUGGU